UUGAUUGUGCUUCUUGUUUGUGAAAUUGUUGUCAGCAAACUUAAAAUAAAUAUAUUAAUUUCUGCUUCUGCAAUACAAUACCAAUCAAAUCAAAUGGAAGUUAAACAAGAAGUUAUGGAGGAGACGUGUAAAAUAGAAGUAGAUCAUAAUGAGUUGAAUGAUGUUCUUCUGGAUACCUUUAAAUCUGAGAUUAAGGAAGAGCCUCAAAGUGAAACUACACACCAUUCAUUUGAUUAUUUAAACUCGGAGGAAUAUCCCUUGAAGACAGACGUAAAACAGGAUGAAGAUAAACUGUGUCCCCUUGAAGUUAAACAAAGUUUCAUAUGUGAAGAUACACCAACCGAUGAAUGCAACGAAUUAAAAGAUCACAUAAGUAAGCAAAUGACCCAAUGUACAACUGCCAUAAAGAAAGUGAAAGCUGUAGAAAGACGUUCUCAAGAAAAACAACUUGAAUGUGAAAUAUCCCCCAAACAGUUUUCAACUAGUUCUUAUUUGAAAGUUCAUAUGAAGAUGCACAGUGGAGAAAACCUGUUUGAAUGUGAAAUAUGCACCAAAAAGUUUUUAAGAAGUUCUACUUUAAAAGAACAUAUGAGAGUGCAUACUGGUGAAAAACGUUUUGCAUGUGACAUAUGUACCAAACAGUUUUUAAGAAGGUUUACUUUAAAAGAACAUAUGAGAGUGCAUACUGGUGAAAAACGUUUUGCAUGUGACAUAUGUACCAAACAGUUUUCACACAAACCUCACUUAAAAGUUCACAUGAUGACGCACACUGGGGAAAAACCUUUUGGAUGUGUAAUAUGUUCCAAGCAGUUUUCACAUAAUUCUCAUUUAAAAAGACAUAUGUCAACGCAUUCCCAAGAAAAACAAUUUGAAUGUGAAAUAUGUUCCAAACAGUUUUUAAGCAGUUCUUAUUUAAAAUUGCAUGUAAAAUGGCACACUGGUGAAAGACCAUUUAGAUGUGGAAUAUGCACCAAACAGUUUUCAUACAACUAUUCUUUAAAAGCUCAUAUGAAGAUGCACACUGGGGAAAAGCAAUUUGAAUGUGAAAUAUGUUCCAAACAGUUUUCAAACAGUUCUUAUUUAAAAUUACAUAUGAGAGUGCAUACUGGGGAAAAACCUUUUGCAUGUGAAAUAUGUUCCAAACAGUUUUCACAAAAUACUCAUUUAAAAGACCAUAUGUCAACGCAUUCUCAAGAAAAACCAAUUGGAUGUAAGAUAUGCUCUAAACGGUUUUCACGCACUUCUUCCUUAAAACGACAUAUGGCAAUUCACACUGGAAAAAACCUAUUUGAAUGUGAAAUAUGCACCAAACAGUUCUCAACUAGUUCUUAUUUAAAAGUUCAUAUGAAUAGGCAUGCAUAUAUGAGAGUGCAUACUGGGGAAAAACCUUUUGCAUGUGAAAUAUGUUCCAAACACUUUUCACAAAAUACUCAUUUAAAAGACCAUGUGUCAACGCAUUCUCAAGAAAAACCAAUUGGAUGUAAGAUAUGCUCUAAACGGUUUUCACGCACUUCUUCCUUAAAACGACAUAUGGCAAUUCACACUGGAAAAAACCUAUUUGAAUGUGAAAUAUGCACCAAACAGUUCUCAACUAGUUCUUAUUUAAAAGUUCAUAUGAAUAGGCAUGCAUACAAGACAAAGUCGAUUUGAAUGUGAAAUAUGUUCCAAAAACAGCUUUCAUGUAAUAGUCCUGUCGCGGGGUUUGGGGGGGGGGGGGGUUACAACGGUCUCCUUUAUUCAGAUGGACGUACCCAAGUUUUUUUUAUGUAUAGUGACCCGUAGAACACGAAUUUUUUGGGUAACAGUUGAUCCGGAUGUCGGUAAGAUUUUUAUAAACAAAGAAAUUGAGGAAUUACAUAACAGCGAUUUUUCGCAAAACAAAACAUGUUGUAUUUCUUGGGCCAUUCUAAGCAAAACAUGUUAUUACAAAUUUUUUCAUAGGAUUCAUAGAUUUCGAGAUAAACGCGGUUAAACUUUCAAAAAAAUAAAAUAGCAAUUUUGCUUACCGGAUUUGAAAGUUAAAGUCAAAUUCUAUCUGUUUUGAUUAUUUAUUUCCAUUGCUAAAAAUUAAUUUUUUUAUUGUUAAACAAAGCUGUAAACACAUAGUGCUUGAUUGAUGUUUUCAAUGCAUUUCUCAUUUAAAAUCGAACGAGUAGGCGAGCCUACAAACAGGCAGUUUCUACGUAGCAUGCAUUAAAACGCAUGCCUUGGGCACGGGAAACACUCUUUGUCUAUAGCAUUGUUUGGCAAUAAAAAAAUUAAUUUUUAGCAAUGCAAAUAAUCAAAACCGGCAUAAUUUGUCUUGAACAUUCAAAUGCGGUAAGCAGAAUUGCUAUUUUAUUUGUUAAUCAAAAGUUAUUCGGGUUCAAAAAUUAAAAUUUUUCGAUUUUUUUUAAAGUUCAACCGCGUUUAUCUCAAAAACUAUGCAUCCUACGAAAAAACUUGUAAGAACAUGUUUUGCUUAGAAUGACCCAAACAAUAAAAAAAAAAUGUUUUUGCGAAAAAUCGCUGUUAUGUAAUUCCUCAAGUACUUUGUUUAUAACAAUCUUAUCUGCAUCCGGAUCAACUGUUAUCCAAAAUUUUUAUGUUCUACGGGUCAAAAAAAAUAAAAAACUUGGGUAAGUCCAUUUGAAUAAAGGAGGCCGUUGUACCCAAUCCAGCGACAGGAUUAUAGUUCUUCUUUAAAAGUUCAUCUGAAAAUGCACACUGGUAAAAAACAAUUUGAAUGAGCAAUACGCACCAGACAAUUUUCAUACAGUUCUUUAAAACAACAUGGAUGUACACAGUGAAGAUAAUCUUCUUCAGUGUGAAAUAUGGGCCAAACAUUUUGUAACAAAAGAAUCUAAAAGAGCAUGUGAGCAACACCGCACAUACGACGAUUUAAUGGAUUUACGCAGCUGUUACGGUUUUUUUAAACCUUCACAAUUCAUUUAUAUGUGUUGGACUGAAAGAUGUUUAAAUGCUUUAAAACCUCCUGGUUACGCCUAUGGUAGUUAGUAUGAAAUGGUUGGUUCGUUCGCAAAAUGGGUCUGUUGAGUUGUUUUAGGAAUGUCUGAUAACAGAACUGUGUGUGUCUUUUUCUGGCUCACGGUCUUUGUGUAGGUUCUUGUCGCGUAACUGAGUCAACCAUGGUGUACUUCGAUGUUCGUUUGGGGAUCGAAUGACAUUGAGGUAAGACGGAUGACAUCCGGUCUGUCCAUCUUGGUUUUUGGUCUUGACGACACUGCUCAGGAUUGCAGAAUUAAGCUGUGUUUGCUAAUCCUUUUUCCAUCGGUGAGAAAAUACUGCCCAAGUUGUAACGGAACGUUACUUGAUGAAAAUAUUUUUAUUAAAAUCAUAAUUAAAUUUAAUCGUUGUAAAAUGCUACUUUUCUAUCUGGCAACAUCGCCAACACCGCAUAUUAGUUCCACGAGUAGCCACUGUCGCUAGUACCAAGGACUGUCAAAAUUUUUAAAAAGUUACUGUUAGCUUAAUCUUCAAAGAAGAAAGACUUACGCCCGGUUUCCGAAAGGAUGAUCAUCUCAAAAAUUAUGUAAUCGACGAUUAACAAUAGAUUAAAUGCGUCAGAAACGUCAAACAAACUAGUUUUAACAACAGUCGAUCACCUGACAAAAGAUUAAUCGUUAGUUAACAGCCGAUCAUGAGUGUUUUGAGUCUGCGAAAGGUCGAUUAACCAGUUUCGCUUGUUAAACGGCGGUAAAAAUGGACUGUUACCUAAUCUGCGACUAUCCGUCGAUUAACGGGCUGUUAAGAGUUUUUUUAGUUUUUUAAUUACUGUAAUUAACAAAUUCCGGGAAAAAUUGUCAAAUAACACAUAUCGAUGGCUUAGUGUGAAAACCUCGUGUCUCAUUUUUUUUCGAAAAUGACAUUUUGGUGGUUUUAGUUUGAAAACCUUGUAUCUCACGAUUUACAACUGUUAGAAAAAAUCCAAAUACACUAGACUAUUUUCUACAGCCGAAAAAAGAAACCACGUAUAUCAAUUGCUCUCUUGAUUUAGUGUGAAUACCACGUAUAUUUAUAACCAAGAGUUUGGUACUUAAUUUGGAGCAUUUGUUUGAGAGAUUCGACUUGGAGAAAUGUUUUUUGUGAACAGCAAAAGGUAGUCCUGUGUACAGAAACAUUUUAUAAACCUUAAAUUAAACGAUUUGUACUGUAUCAACCUAGUAUUUGGAGGUGUGCAAUAAGCUCUGAAAAAUGAAAACCUCGUAAAUAAUAUUAAACACAACCUCAUUUAAGAUGAAAAACACGUAUAUCAAGGUAUACGAGGUUAUCAUAGUUACUUGGGCAAAGGCUUUAUAUACUGCAAGGAUAUUUACGUGUUUUUCAUAGUUAAUAUUUGUAUUUCCAAUUUAAUAGCAACAUUUAACACUUUUAGCUCUAGGCCAAUAUCAGAUAUUUAUCUCAAUGUGCUCGAAUUAAAAAUAUGUAGCGGUAAUUUUUGUUUUUAGGUUAUAUUAUGCAGAAAAUCAGUUUUUUGCCUCUCCUGUAAAAUUGUAAUUUAAUGAGAUACGAGGUUUUCACACUAAGCCAUCGAUAUGUAAAUGAUAUAAAUCAUUUUAUUCAAUAAAAAUAAGAUUUUUUUAUGGAAGAAAUAAUUUAAAAUAUUUAUUUAACUUGCAGAACAUGGAUUAUCUCGGACAUUUUUUAUAUUUGAUUAUAUAAUUUAUAUUUUUUUUCUUUUAAAAAUGCAAGGUAACAAGGAUGCUAGACUCAUGGAGCUAUUUUUUGAGAAGCCAGAGCUCUAAAAAGCAGAACAUAAUGAUUAUAGCGAUAUAAAUAAGAGGGAAAACGUGUGAGAAAUUAUAGCAGCCAAGUUUGAAGACAAUAAAACAGCCGGUAAAUAAAUUAAAAAUAAAUAUAAAAAGUAAAUAUAUAGACCAAAAAUAAAAAUAAGAUUAUAAAAUAUUAUAGAUCAUAAAUAAACUGUUUUAUAUCUCCAACUUUCGUCACAAUACCUAGCCUCAUUUUUAAAAUGCCCUCGUUCAAUUCUUGCUCCAAACAAAAGUGACAGUACGUAAGGGAGAAUGCACCUUUAGAAUCUAAAGAUACAAGUUUGGAUUUAGAGGUUAAUAUAAUUGAAAUUUUGAAGGAUAACAGCCAAUUGUGACAGUAUCGCUACCAAAUCGUAUGUCAGAUGAUCAUGCAAUUUUACAAUAAUUGGCGUUUGAGAAACCCAUCACAGGUUAACAGUUGAUCAAAUCUGACAGCCGAUUAGAUGAUCGGAGAUUUGAAUAACGUUUCGGAAACCGGCUGUUACAUUUCCAAGUGGCCGAUGGCUGUUUGAAAAAAAAAGGAAAUCUGAUUUUAGUUAUUACUUUAAUGGAAAAUAUAUGUGAAUUUAGUUGAAGGAGGAAAAAGUGUUGUUUUGGUUAUUGGUUUUAAGAAGAAAAGUAUAUUAAUUUGGUAGAAUUUGGACAAUCGCUGUCGGGUGAGUUAUCUUAGAGUUCAUUCAUAUAGGAAGCCAUAUUGAUGACCGGAAAAUUUAUAAUUUUCAUAAAUUCUUUUCAUUUCUUCUUGUCAUUAUUAUAUAUUUCGACUAACUAUUUAUAGAUACAACUUCUAAUAUCAUUCUCAGCUUCAAGUAGACAUGUUUCUAUAUAAAAUUCCAUAAAGUUAUUCAAGGUCAAGUUGUACCUAGGUUUUUGUAAACAAGAAAAACAAUACUUCUUUAAAUCGAUCCUGACCAGUUUUUAUUGGAGGUUUAACUCCCAACUUACUUCCUGUUUCCAUAAGAUUGAUUACCCAAAUUAACAAUGGGUUUGUAUAUUUUAGCCACUUGGAAACACUUACAUAUUUUCAUCCCAAGACCAUCAGGGGAUGAUUAAGGGGAUCUAGCAGCAGUCACUGGGUACCAUAGGAUGGAAUCAUCUUUUUGACUUCAGUCAUUAGUUAUCAUUUUUUUUUGGACAUUGGGAAAGGACGUUACGUUAGUUUGGUGUUGGACAGUGAUUUAAGUAUUAUUUUUUUUAUUAUUAUCAAAACAUUAAUUUUUAAAUAGUAGGGACAUUAAACAUCUAUUAAAAAAUCAGAUUAAAUAAGUUUAUAUUAUACUUCAUUAAGUUUAUAUUUAACAUAAUUUCCAAACAAAAACAAAAGAAACAAUUUAAAUAUUUUAAAUUUUUUAAUAAUAUUAAUACUUCCUCUUCAAGGCUUAAAAUUUUGCAUAUUUUCUUUAAUCAAUUUAUUUCUUUUGUUUAUUUUCUCAACUGUGAAGGCAACUAUCCGGAGAAAAUUUGGUAAUUUUUUUAUAUAUAUCAUAACUAAUUAACCUUGGCUUUCGUCCCCCUCUGGGUAGAUUGACCAUUUAACUUGCUAUUAUUAUUGUAACCGCACGUGAAGAUAAGGAGUUCUAUCUCGAGUAGCGUGUCGGUUCAUUUUUGUAUCAUAAAUUGGAUUUGCCAUUUCAAACCAAUUUUUAGGGUUGGACUUUGUUCCUCUUGCAUUUAAACUUUACUCUAGCUGGAGACUGUAGAGUGUACAUACUAUGUUAGUAAAAUAUUUUGUGGGUUAAUUUUAGGGUAUACGUUAUUGGUAUACUAAUUUAUUGUACCGGGUGUCCCAAUAAGAAUGGCUCUCGGCCAUAUCUCAGGAACCGUUUAUAGUAGAGCUUU